UCGUCAGAAUUUCAGUUCAAGCAAAUGGUAUCUCACGGGUGGAGGUCGUUGCGUCAAAUUUCACAAAUCAUGAAUGAAUUCUAAGUUCUGUUGUGAAUUUUAUACGAAAUCGGGAUAUUGUUGAUCCUUCGUAAACACUUUUUCAAAACAAACAUCAAACAAUGAACGAAGUAAGUGGAGGAAAACAAGAUAUACCCAAUACUUCAUCGUGGGAAACAUUGUCUGGACAAUCUGCAUCUUCUUAUUCCACUAUGCAUCAUCACCAUCAGACGUUACAACAAGAUACAAAUCCAACGGUAGCACAAGUUAUAGUUCCUACUCCUGUAAAGCUUCAAGCACCUAUAUUAAGUUCGGCACAAACUAUACCAGACCAUUGUUCACAACUUGGUCAUAUUCAACAACCAGCCUUAAUGACACAGGGUACACCACCAGGAUCAUUUCCAGACUCUGAACUUUCACCUGAACUUCAACAACAAGGAUGGAAAAAGUUUUGGAGUAAGCGAGAAAAUCGACCAUAUUUUUGGAAUAAAUUAACUGGAGAGUCGUUAUGGGUAAUACCACCUUUGAAACCUCAGUUUGAUCCAAUUACGGAUCCUCUUGGUAUCUGUGGUGUGCAACCUGUUCCUGGUAAUGGUGCCAUACCCACUGGAGGAACAACAGUCAAGCGUAGAGCAUCAGAGGAUAGUAUUGUUCCACCUGCAAAGAAGUUUGUUUUAGCAGGCCCAUGGGACCUGGAGAUUCCAACAAAUGUUAUAAUAUAUGAAAGAGCACCAUCAAAUUUGCCCCAUGUUCAUCCAGAAGCAGAAGCACUACGUUGUAGUUUACUUGCAAAAUUAAGGCAAUGCUAUCAAGAACUGUGUCAUACUCGUGAAUCAAUUGAUGCACCUAAAGAUUCAUUCAACAGAUGGUUAAUGGAAAGGAAAGUUAUAGACUGUGGGUCCGACCCACUUUUACCAAGUCAGUGUUUCCCUGAAAUUUCUAUGUCGAUGUAUCGCGAAAUCAUGAAUGAUAUCCCAAUUAAAUUAGUCCGGCCGAAGUUUACUGGUGAUGCAAGGAAACAAUUAUCACGAUACGCAGAAGCGGCAAAAAAGAUGAUAGAAUCAAGAGCAGCUUCGUCUGAGAGUAGAAAGGUUGUAAAGUGGAAUGCCGAGGACACUUUUCAAUGGUUAAGACGAACUGUUGGUGCUACAUUUGAUGAUUUUCAAGAUCGUCUGGCACACUUGAAACGACAAUGUCAACCACAUCUUACAGAAACUGUGAAAGCUAGCGUUGAGGGUAUUUGUUUAAAAAUUUAUCACUUGUCGACAGAAUAUGCGAAGAAAGUCAAAGAUAAGAAUAACCAGAUAUUGAAAGAUAAUGGUUUAGGGAAUGUCAUACCGUUAGGAGGACCGGCCAGUACGCAAAGAAAAGUUUGGUGUUACCCAGUGCAAUUCUCACUUCCAACUCCUCGCCUUCCACAACUGGAUUAUCUUCCCGAACGUGAACAAACUUUAUUGCGUUUCCAUGGUGAUGCUGUGUGUAUUAAUAACAUGCAUCUUGCCAAAUUGGAACAUCUGUACAGAUAUAAUUGCUUUGAUGAUAAAAAGUUUGAAAUGUUUUUGCCGCGUGUUUGGUGUAUGUUAAAACGUUAUCAGACAUAUCUUGGUAUUAAUGAAGGUCAAGCAACACAAAUGGCUCUCCCUGUCACGGUCUUUGAAUGUCUUCAGAGACACUUUGGUGUAACGUUUGAGUGCUUUGCAUCUCCAUUAAAUUGUUACUUUAGACAAUACUGUUCAGCAUUUGCUGAUGUAGAUUCUUAUUUUGGAUCAAGAGGACCUUUCUUAGACUUCAGGCCUGUCAGUGGCUCGUUCCAAGCAAAUCCUCCAUACUGUGAGGAACUAAUGGAAGCCAUGGUCAAUCAUUUUGAACGUCUUUUGGCCGAUUCAGCAGAACCUUUGUCCUUUGUCGUAUUCUUGCCGGAAUGGAGAGAUCCGGCGCCUAAUGCUCUUAUAAAAUUAGAAGGCAGCCAUUUCAAACGAAAACAAGUAGUAGUACCUGCUAUGGAACAUGAAUAUAGACAUGGGUUUCAGCAUAUAUUAUCAAAAAGCGAAGUUAAUAUUAGGGCAGCUCAUGGAACAUUGGUGGUAUGGCUACAAAAUGCAGCUGGUACUGGUCGUUGGGGACCUACAGAAGAAAGAGUUGAAGCAUUACUAGAAGCAUGGCGACCAGGAAGGGAAAGAGAGCGAGACAGACAAGAACUUUUAUCACCGCCUAGACAAUCUCACCAGCAAAUACCAACUACACCUAUGCCUGUCCUAACACCAACGCCUGCAACACCAACAGUACCAUUACAAACACUGUCCACACAUCCUAUAUAAUUGCUACGAAAUGUUAUAUAACAUAAGAGAUCACGAAAAAGAAUAAGUUGCAGCCUAUAAUUUUAACUUUUUUCCAACAGAAAUUAGAUUUUUUACAGAGAAUAUUUGAUACAUAACUUCUCAAUUCCUCAAUUAUAUUUCACAUAAUUGAAAUGUAUUAACAGUACAAUGGUUUUAAGCAUCUAAUCAGUUCUAUAUAG